GUCGCCGUCGCCGAUCGAUGCAGUUUCUCUACGAGCAAAACUUGCAUGGUGCGUGGCAGCAGUGUUGAAUUUCCUAUUCGUAGUUCGUGAAACCGUUGUCGUCGAGUGCGCGAAAAUAUCUCCUCAGUAUUGUCGCUUUUGAGUAGUACGAGUUUGGAACCGGUGAACAACGAUGCCGACCGUCGGAGUGAAACGCGAUCUGCUGUUCCAAGCGCUCGGAAAGACCUACACGGACGAUGAGUUCCAGAAGCUGUGCUUCGAAUUCGGCCUGGAGCUGGAUGAGGUGACCACCGAGAAGCAAAUGAUCACCAAGGAACAGGGCGAGGUGGAUGCGGCAAAGGAUGCCUCGGAGGAGAUCAUCUACCGGAUCGACAUUCCGGCCAAUCGGUACGAUCUGCUGUGUUUGGAGGGACUGGUGCUCGGGCUGCAGGUGUUCCUUGGGAAGAUUCCGUUCCCGCAGUUCAUGAAGGUGGAUCCGGCCAAAGGCGCCGCCGUCCAGAAGAUGGUAAUCACGGAGGCUACGAAGCAGAUUCGUCCCUUUGCUGUGGCGGCCGUUCUGAGGGAUGUUACCUUCACGAAGGACUCGUACAACAGUUUCAUCGAUCUGCAGGACAAGUUGCACCAGAACAUCUGCCGGAAGCGUGCGUUGGUUGCCAUUGGAACGCACGAUCUGGACACCCUGAAGGGACCGUUCACGUACGAUGCAAAGGCUCCGAAGGAUAUUAAGUUUGUUCCGUUGAACCAGGAGAAGGCAAUGACCGCGGAGGAGCUGAUGGAGUUCUACUCGACGCACGCCCAGCUGAAGGCCUAUCUGCCGAUCAUUCGGGAUUCUCCGGUUUAUCCGGUGAUUUACGAUUCGAAUGGAGUGGUUCUAUCGCUUCCGCCGAUCAUCAACGGGGAUCACUCGAAGAUCAAGCUGGAGACGAAGAACAUCUUCAUCGAAUGUACGGCCACCGAUUUGACCAAGGCCAAGAUCGUCCUGGACACGCUGGUGUGUAUGUUCUCCGCCCACUGCGCAAGGCCUUUCACGGUGGAAGCCUGCGCCGUGGUCAAUCCGAACGGAGAGACGGUUCACUAUCCGGAGCUGGCCUUCCGGAAGGAGAUCGUUUCGGCCGAGAAGGUGAACGCCCUGAUCGGAAUCAAGGAAACGCCGGAAUCGAUGGCCAAGAUGCUCAACCGGUUGCUCCCGACCACCCAAAGCGUCACGAACAAGGACCAGCUGGAAGUCCUCAUUCCUCCGACUCGGCACGACAUGCUUCACGCCUGCGACAUCUACGAGGACGUGGCCAUCGCCUACGGCUACAAUCGCAUCCCGAAGACGCUCCCUGGAACCAUGCACAUCGCCCGGCAGUACCCGCUGAACAAGCUUACCGAACAGCUGCGGGAGCAAAUUGCCCAGGCCGGAUUCACCGAAGGUCUCACCUUUACCCUGUGUUCCCGGGAUGACAUCGCCGCCAAAAUGAACCAGAAGAUCGAGGAAGUCCCCGCCGUUCACAUUGCCAACCCGAAAACCCUGGAGUUCCAAGUCGUUCGGACCACUCUUAUCCCGGGUCUCCUGAAAACCCUAGCCGCCAACCGGAAGAUGCCCCUUCCGCUAAAACUCUUCGAAGUGUCCGACGUGGUCCUGGCGGAUCCGAACGCGGAAGUCGGUGCUCGCAAUCAGCGCCGGGUCUGCGCCGUCAAUUGCAACAAAACGGCCGGAUUCGAGGUGGUCCACGGUUUGCUGGAUCGCGUCAUGCAACUGCUGGAGGUCCCAUGGGAUAAGGAAACCGGAUACUACCUGAAGGCCGUGGAUGAUGCGGCCUACUUCCCGGGGCGGUGCGCUUCCAUCGUGUACAAGGGGGCGGACAUCGGCCGGAUCGGGGUGCUUCAUCCGACGGUGUUGCACUCGUUCGAGAUUACCACGCCCUGCUCGGUGGUGGAGUUCGACAUGGAGCUGUUCGUUUAAAAGGGAGCGGGAAGCUUGACAUCGAUUGGAGAAGUUGGAAUUGGAAUUGCCUUUCCAGUGAAGAAAAGUGAUAAUAAAAUAGACUUCCGAGAA